UACUGCGCGCCGCGCGCUCAUUACGGCAUAAACUCCCCGACUCGGGGGUGGUAGUGUGGUCAGAGGGGAAUUCAUAAACCACUUAGAAAGGACACACGGCGGCGUUUGACUAAGAGCACACGCGAGCACAUGUGCAGGGCUGUAGCCUCCCAUAGGUCCUGGCAGAGAAAUAAAAACAUUUAACACGACAUGCCCAAGGGACUUGUUUGACGCUGAGCUGCGAACAAGUUGCCCUUCGGGUGCCUAUCACAAUAUGCCAACCUUAUAUUUAGAAACGAUGCUAAUUGUAACUGAGCAAGAGCACAGACUGUGAUUAUUGCUUAAACUGAAUUGAAGAUUAAUACUUUAUACUUGCACAUUUGUUAGUUUAAAAAUGUACCAGUGGCGCCAUUGGAGUUUGUGAAGUUUGCUCGCUUUUGUUAGUUUCUAUGACAAAGUUAAAUCGCAGACCAGGAUAUCCAUCUGUCUGCUCGGAGUAGUAUGCCGUCUUCUCUUGGCCAGCUUCAGAACCACGGAACGAUGAACAGCUCCUUCUUCAACCAGACCUUCCUGACGCACGGCCUCUUCCUCAACCGGAGCCAGGACCUCGCGGGGACUCUGGUCGGCUGCUGCAACGGCAGUGGCAUCGCCACCACUGACGGCGGUUCUCUGGUUCUGCCUCCGGAUGAGCGGAAAAUCUUCAUCAUGCGGGUUGUGCAAAUAGCCGUGCUGUGCGUCCUGUCACUGACGGUAAUAUUCGGCAUCUUCUUUCUCGGCUGUAAUCUCAUGAUCAAAUCUGAGAGCAUGAUAAACUUUCUUGUACGGGAGCGGAGACCUUCUAAGGAUGUGGAAGCGGUAAUCAUCGGACUUAACUGACUUAAGCUGUUGACAUCUGCUCAAGGAGGGUUGCUGCUGGAUCAGUUUUGCGGUGCUCAAUUGAAUUGGUUUCAAACCUAAAACAAACUGAGCUGCCAACGAAGACGGUGAUAAGAGAGUCUGUCAACAAAGCCUUCAUCUGCCUAUUUGCUCUAGUUUUCAUUCAUAAAAGUUGGUUUGUAAUGAAGUUUAUAUUUGUUGAGUUUUUACGUUUUAAUAUGCACUGGGGGAAAAGGACUCAUUGUUUUCGUUCUUUCGGGGGGGCGGAAAGCAACCGAUGUUACGUGUGAUUGUCUUUUACCUGAGCGCCCUCCUGCUAAAGUGGGUAAAGAAAAUGUUUACACGUUUCCUCUCGCAGUGAAAUCGUAAAUCGUGCGUGCUGUAUUUUUUACAUGUUUAUUGAGGACAGAUCCCGACAAUGCAUGCCGAUUCAUUGACUGAAUCCGUAGCCGGUAAAGAAUUUUUAAUGUGCUCUACAAAUGUGAAGUGUUUCUUUUUCGAGGAUUUGUUACUUUUAAUACGCACUCUCGGGGAUGAGUAUUGAGGCGGAAGUAUAUGUGCACGUUUAUCAAUUCCGCAUGUUACUUGUGCUAUUUUUAAACGGGUGUUUAACACAAAGAAGCAUGCGCGAUGGCGAUUACUUACGGUGAAUUUUAACUUCACUGUUUUUGCACAUCUUUCAAAUUCUCAAUACCUGCAUGACUUAAUUGCAACAGUAAAAACUUGAAUGAUUUGUGCACAUGUUUAUAAAAAAUAAAGAGUUUUUAUUGGCCGCUCGUUUAUUAUUUGUAACAUGCCAUGCCAAAAUGAACUGUCUGCGUUUACUAGUUACCAAGUCAUGAACCCGAUCACACCGUUUCCCAAUACCAGCAAAUUGCAAAACGAAUGAUAAGUUUUCAACAAACGCUUAAAACGAUGUUUUAGUUACUAAGCAUUAAUUUAAUCUUAAUAGCAGUAAGCAACAAUAUGAAUGUGCCGGGGGGGAAACUAAUGAGAUAAAUGCGUCAUUACUUGGCCUAUUGCUCAGAUUAGGGCGAUUAUUUGCGUUUACAAUUUAAUGGACUUGCUCAGUGUUUAUUCGUCUCGAUGACUAUAAUCGAGUGCAUUAAUAUCUUUUGCCAUUUAAUUUGAUUGAGCGAGUUGCUCGACAAAAUCACUGGCAGUUUGGAAAAGGUGCCUGCUCUAUGAUACCGCUACGCAUGGCAAAAGAGUUCCUUGCGUAACGUGCAGCAGCGCGGUGGUCUGGAACAUGUUGUCAAACACAUUGCCUUAUAUUAGUCUCCCUCUUUUCACUUCCUCGCAAUUUCGUCUUGGGCUCUCACGUAUACGUAGUAUUUUUGUUCCUAUUAGUGUGUUUAAAAAAUCAUUUGCCUCUAAAAACUAUUUUAAGACGCACAUUUCAGCCUCAUUCCCAUUUCAACACGAGAAUACACGAUUGCCUUUUUUUUGAACCACAUUAGCAUAAAAUCUUCCAUUAACGUCUGGUUGAUUUUGUGUGAUUAUUCAGAGAAUAACAGACACGCGACAGCAGGACAUGCAACGGAAUUACUAAGUGUCGCUCUUAUGUCCAUGCAUGAGCGCACAUGCUUUAAAUAAUUUACUUAAAUGUACGCUACUGAUCUCAGUGUUCCAAACCAGGGAGAUAUACAUCUUAGAUGUAUGUUCCCCGCACUUUCGGAACGUGCCCAACAAGCUCUGUAUCACAAACACUCGAAGUGUAAAGCCAUGACCACCUUCAAACUGCAUCAUGGUCAUGUAACAAAUUGUCAGCAAUGUUCUUAACAUAUCAUACACCAAAAUGCAAGUAGAGCAAACUCAGAUUUAAUCAGACACAGGGGACUGGAAUAAUAACCAAAAUGAUCUUUCCACUUGCAAAAGGAAAAUCGAAAUAUUGAUGCCCAGUGUCAAAGUGACUGUAGCAUUUACAUUUCACUAUAUUAUAUUUGUAAUAAUUGUGUUAUUUUGAUGAAAAACUCUAAAUAAAAAUCUAAUAUUUGAUUAUGACUCAUUUAUGCCCGAUAGUAGAUUUCUCACGCUCUGAUGUUGGGGAAUUAAUGUUGUUGUCUGUGUAUCCUUCACCUAGUCUAUCUUGAGAUUGUUUGAUUUUACAUGAGGUAAAAACUCCCAGUGGGGAGAAAACCCUCAAAUGGUGGUGAGAAAAAACUCCCCAAAAUCUCAGGAGGAACCCGGCUAUAGAGGGGGAGCCCAUCCUCCACUGGUUAUGGGGGAAUGCUGAAAGCUAUGUUUCACUCUUCGAUGAGUGCCAAAAAGCUGCUUUACUGAUUCAAAUACAGGCCGGUAAAAAGACGACGAGGUCAUUUCCACUCCAGCCUUAUCUCAGAGUCAUCCGACUCCAGCGUGGAAGAGAAGCCAUUUGCUAAACCUGAAUCACGCAGUGUGAAGCAUAUCCGUGUGAAUUCUACCUGAGCUGAGUGACAGUUCUGCAGUGUGAAGUCAGCCUGCUCUCAUUGAGCCAGAAAUACCUAAAAUUAAACUAGUACAUUUUGCAUGAACUCAAUGAAGUCUAAAUUCAUUGUGAGAGUGCAGAGUACAGGUACACAAUGAAAUAUUCAGCAUUACUUAAGCAUUAACAGUGUUUAUAUAAGCCUGCAAGGUACAAACAUGUACUCUGCCAGAGCUGAUUUUAUACUGACCAUUUUUUGUAUACUCUGUCAAAGUUGAUUUUACACUUUUUUGACGUUUUGUUGUGAGUUAAAAGGGACGGGCGGGUGGUACAUUUCAACCUGCCUGGUCUUCUUCCAGGAGGACUUCGCAUUCAGAAAGCCAGACAGGUCAGUGAUUGGACAAAGUGAAGCUAACACAGUGUCCUCUCUGGUCAUCACGGGCUUCAUCGUGUGCAAGCUGGAGUCUUUCAGACAGGUGUGCGCUCAGCGAUCAUAACUGUGCAUGUCCUUCAGGUUCCAGCAUGAUGAACUAAACAAGGCUGACAUCUCAGUGACCAUGCUCUGUUUAAAGGGACACCCACAGCUCAAUCCCUGCAUGCUAGUCCGUGUCCUGAAAAUAUUACCUUUCAUAAUAUCAUCAACGAGU